UUUUAAUCCAAAAUAUGGGAAAUAGUGCAAGUGAACAUCAUCAUCAAGGAGGGCGAUUCUUUCGUCCAGAAAAUCUUUCUAAUGAUCCUACAGCAUUCCGUGUAUUUAUUAAAAAGAAGAAUAAAUUCAUUCCUGGCUGGCUUAAAGUCAAUGACGAUGAAAUACUUUUUAUGCGUGGAAGUAGCCAUUUUCAAUGCUGGUCUUUGGCACAUUUAAGACGUUAUGGAUAUACUUGUUCUGGAGUUUUCUUUUUUGAAAGUGGAAGACGUUGUGCAACAGGAGAAGGAUUACAUACAUUCCAAUCACAUCAAGCAGAAAGGAUAUUUCAUAUGGUGCAAAGCAAAAUAAAAAUUGAAGAAUAUGCGCGUUAUUCUCGUCUUGGAAGCGCAGCAUCAAAUACUAAUAAUAAUACUCCAGUCAGAGUGAAUUCAUUAGUUCCAGCCCCAUUGGCAUCUCAACGUAUUCAUCCUGUUCAAAGAUUUUCUAGCGCCCCAUCACCUUGCAAUGUCCCUACACCUACUGUGCCGGCUGCUCCACCUCCUUAUACAGCCUUAUAUCAAGAAGUUAGACGCGCACAGCAAAAUGCUUCCCCUUCCUGCCCUUCAGUCAUUUCAGCAGUUUCUACAACGAUUGCUGGGGCCAAUUGCUGUACAAAUAGAGUAGAAAGGCCAAGAUCCGUUGUGUCAAAUAUUGAACAUGGAACUGCUAUUCAUCCUCACCGUACAAUGCGUCCACAUGCAAUAAAUGGGAACACAAGUAGUUCAACUCUUAAUCAACAUAUUCUUCAGCAACAGCAUGGGCAAGUUUUUUUCUCAGAGUCUUUCUAA